UUGUUUACAUUUGAAGAAGGAAACUUUAAAAAUCAACCGUCAUUUGGCGUGCGUUAACCGUGUGACUUAAGUUAUGUGAUGGCACUAGUAGUUAUGGUUACAGUUACAAUAGAGAUAUGAAAUCAAUCAGAAGAUAUGUUUGCUUGCUGCCUACGCUCUCGAGGAUCCUGCGAGAUAUAUACGAGAAAUUUUUAUUGCUUUGAAGAAAAAUGUGUCCUAUAGCUAGAAAAUACAAUAAAUAGUUAAAAAUGAAUGAUUCGUCUGAAGAGAAGUUUUCAAGUGUGAUUAUUGUAAAUCGCAAUAGUAAUAAUCAGAAUACGAAAUCUGUUUUUAAUGAAGAGCGAUAUUUUGCAAGUGUGUGGGUACAGCUUCUCUUGCAGUUUAACAUUUACUUCAGUGGAAUUUGGUUUGUUUCCAGUUUAAUUACAAUGUACAAAAAGUACUGCGAUCUGUCGACUAUUACUCGCGUUUUAUCUAUCAUAUCGCUGGUUAUAGCAGCUCCGGUUGAAUGCAUUCGUUUAUUUCUGGGCUAUUCCGGAAAUCUGUUGGAUAAAAUACCCGAUUUUGCUGGAUACUGGAUAUUGUCUGUAUUUAUACAAACACCGCUACAGCUAUACAUGAUGUCAAACGAGGCAAUUCUCAAAUAUGUAAUAAGUACAGUCAUUCAAGCGGUUCAAUGCGUUUUGCUCUUUUUACAAAUAGUAUCGAGUUUCGCAGCUAUACGUCGAGCUUCGUUCUUCCAUCGAGAACAAUUCCAGAGUACAAAAACGCAUCGAUAG